UGUUCACUCCUUCGUUAGCAACGAGCUGUGUUGAGUUAACGACCUGGAAAAAGAAGGGGGAAAAAACAGCUGUUCGGUGUGUAUGGAGCUAAACUGGAUUUAGCGGAUUGACUCGAAGAAUAAAAAAAGUUUGUGAUGGAGAUGAGACACUCAGCAUGGCAGCAGUUGUAAUCCACUCAGUCUGACGAUGAACAGGAGCGGUGCGAGGAUAGAAAUGGACCUGGCGUGUGGAUCAGCGAAGCCCUGCGGCUCAGCACGCAGCAUCGUCAGGUGGAUCGGCUCCACCCUCCCUCUUGCGCCAUGCCCACGGGUCCACUUUCAGCUCCAGACGUUCACUAUCAAGGGUGGAGCAGGAGGGGUGGGGGGUUCAGGAGGACACGGUGGCCUCGUCACGUCGCUAGCUGAUGUUGCGUGGAUCGAGCAAGAGGACAGCGAUGUCUCUGAGGGACCACAGCUGGAGGCAGUCUCGGGGCUGGCAUUUCGCACCCGGCAGCACCCACCUCUCAGACGUCGACGCUCCUUACCCAGCAUGCACCAGGUAGCGCCCGAUCCGCAAAGCCAGGCGCUCGUGAACGAUCAGGCCAUCCAGAAGAUCAGCGCUCUGGAGGACGAACUGGCUAAACUGCGGGUACAGAUCGCUCAGAUCGUACAGGCCCAGGAGCGAAACACACACACCGCAGGUGUUCCUCCUCCUCCUCCUCCUCCUGCUGCAGCACCUGGUCUUGGACCUCCACCUCCUCCGCCUCCACCUCCACCUCCUCCGCCUCCUCCCCCCCCACCCCCAGGCAUGCAGAGAAGCGUUUCUGCUAUUGAUCUGAUCAAAGAGCGGCGCAGUAAAAGGUCUGAUCAGAACACGGCGCUGGAGGCGGGGCCUAAACAGCCCGAGAUGCCGAACAUGUUAGACGUGCUGAAGGACAUGGGCAAAGUGAAGUUACGCUCUGUUAAAACUCGUGUUGAGGAAGACCAGACCAAAUCUAAAGCCAGUGAACCCGUAGAUCCCGCUGCUCUCAUCGCCGAGGCUCUGAAGCGCAAGUUCGCCCAUCGCUACCGCAACGACAGCGAGUGUGAGAGCAACUUCAGUCUCCCCACUCGAGAAUCCAAACCGCAUGCAGACACGCCUGCGUUCGGGCAGCACAUGCUGAAAUCCACAGGAAUCAGGAAACUCGUGUGAUGGCGUAACCGUGAGCCGAGUGUCGAGUGUGUACACGCAGGAAGACGCGUAGCUCCCGGGACGCUAAGCGCUCAGUCAGGUUUUCUGCACCAGAGUGUUGCAGAGUGCAGCAGGAACGCGCCUGCUGUGUUUAAGCCUCAUUAAUGCAAAGGACCAAAGUGUGUUCAUGUUUGUGUUCGUGUCAAGAUAGCAGUCAUGUAAAUUGUUUUGUUUGUGUUUUUCUCAUUGAGCUCUUGAUCUCAUCCAACUCGAGAAAUAAUUUCUGUAGCAAUUUGCACAAAAUGAAAAAUGAUACUGUUCCGUAAUCUGGCUCUGAUAGCUAGGAGUUAGCCAAAUCAUAUUUCCAAGUUUCACUAAAUAAUUAAAGACAACACUAAAAAGCUCAAUUCUACAUCUGCCUUACGGCGCUGACAUUUAAAACACUAUUCUAUUUUCUCAACUCAGAGGUGAGCGAUGAAUCAAGAGCAUUGGCAUUCGUUUUGUUUUAUUUUUAACAUGGUCUCAUUUUAUUUUUCUUCAUUCCUUUAAAAUUUAUUAAUUGCUAGCAAAAAGUGUGUCGAUUGUUCUUAUGAAUGUUCCUGGUUAUAUAAAAACACACGCAUUCCUAUUAAUCGUUUCCUCUCCGGUCCCGUGUUGCAAGAAGAAACUACGAUCAUAGCACUUUCUGUAAACUUUCCAUAGUUUGUUAGUGUUUAUAAAGUUUGGGAUCUUAUUUAUGUUUUUUAGAUAUUAAUAAUGUAGUCUUGUUAAUAGGAUAUAAUUUAAAUUCUCUGAUAGAUGCCAGUCAUAAAUACACACUACAAAUCAGAAUACUGUAGUUCUUUAAAUAGCGUUUCUUUUUUU